AUGGCAGGGAACAGGUGCGGGGCGUGCGGGCAGGAGCUGGAGUCAGACAACCUACUGAGAAUCCAUCUGUAUCGCAAUGACACGUGCAGGGACACGCUGCUCGAGAGGCUCGAGAGUAGGGCGGUGGAGGCGUUGGCGGAGGCUUUGGCCGAGGUGACAAAUAGCCCGCGUCAUUCGGACAGUGAGUCAGUCCCAGGCAGCCCCCACUCCGCCGACUCGCUGUUCAUAUAUUUGAGAGAGUUUCCCGAGCACGCGGAUUUUGUGCGCGGGUACGUGUCGACGUCGGACGAUGGAUCUGUAUCCACAGUUGGCGACCUGUUCAACACUCUGAACGAGCUGUACCUGUUCUUCAAGGACGCUGAUUUGUCGGACAGAGAAAUAAAUAUAGUGUUGCACAUAUUCAACCACCCAGGAUACGAUCCUGCAGCGGUUCGGCGCUGGCAGAACGUCGCCGACGUGAGGCGGUUUGGGGAGGAACACGUGCCGGACGACAUGGUGCCGUGGCUCAAGGCAGAGAUUGAGGCGGAACUGCCGGAGGAGGAUUCUAUGGUGCUGGGUGUCAUCUCGUACAGCGACAGCACUUACGCGUCGGGGAACGGACGCCUACAGGCAUGGCCAAUGUUGAUGGGUUUGGUCAAUGUCCCGGAGGAGUUACGGUGGCGUGAGCCUGGGCACGCGCUAGUGGGUGUGCUCCCUUUUCCGACAGAGUGGGCAUCGGCGACGGAGAAGACGCGGGUGUAUCAGGAGGCGUAUCACAUCGUGAUGGGUCCGCUGAUGCGUGAGAGCCGCGACCGCAAGUUUGGCGUGAAGGGCGAGACAAGGGGUGUCUUGGUGCGCAUCCCGGGUGGCUCCACCUUUUUCCGCAGCGGGGCGAAUUACGCGGCGUUCGAGUAUCGUGGCAUGAUGCAGGUUUUCCCUAUUGUCAUUUCCGACCUGUGUGUGGGGCGCUCUGCGGAGGAAAGGGACCAGAGGGAUAAGGAGGUUCGUGCGUUCCGCUACUAUGCGGUCUUCUACAAGUCCCUGCUGGCUGGCACCGUGAAGGGCCCCGUGCGCGGAAGCAACUGGAAAGACAUACCAAGGAGGAUUGUCGAGGAGGAGACGCAACGCGAGAUCACUCGGGAGAUUGCAGCGCUGUCAGGAGGAGGGAGAACUUACUACACCGCCCUGCGAGAGGCUGUGCGCAGCAUGAAGCCCGCGCUGACCCGCACCAGCAAGGCCAUGUGUCUCAUGGCGGCAGACGAUCCACUGCGGAUGGUGUACAGGGAGACGGUGGGCAGCGAGUUUGACAACAUGGCGACACUCAUGGCCGCGGAAGGCCUUCAGACUUCACGUGUGUUGGUGCACACCGCAGUGGCCAUCCCUAGCACGAAAGGGGGGUACUUGGUUCCGAAGGCGAUGUUCGUGAAAGCAAGCCCGAAGGAGAACUGGUUCACCGACAUUGCAAUACCGGGAGAGAGGGAGGAGGAGGAGGAGGAGGAGUGGUGGUAUGCGUGGUGUCUCUGUAUUUUCAGGGCGGUGAACUACAGCGGGGAGGAAGAUGCAUAUGUAUUCGUGAAGUAUUACGAGGAGGAGGGGGUGUGUCCCCAGACACUUUGCCCCCAACUGGUGCCGGGGCGGAAGGAGGCCACGCACGGGAUCAUUGAAGUUGCAUCGAUCGAGCGCAUUGUCCACAUGUGCAAGUCCUUUACUAAUCCUAGAGUCAGGCUACUCAAUAGGUUUGCACUCAUCGACUGA